CUUCAUUCUUUUUCUUUUUCUUUCAAGGAAAAAAAAUAUUAUACAUACAAGAUGCCCGGUGGAGGAGAAAUGCCAAAGUCUCAACAGACGCCUAAGGAAAAGGUUUGUCUCAUUUGUAUCGACGGUUGGGGUGUGUCCCCGGCAAAGGACCCCAAGGGUGAUGCUAUUCGCAACGCGCAAACACCCGUCAUGAGCAAAUUCGAGAAAGAAUAUCCUUACGAGACCAUUGCUGCUCACGGUCUUAGCGUCGGUCUUCCCGAUGGUUUGAUGGGUAACUCGGAAGUCGGCCAUCUUAACAUUGGUGCUGGUCGUGUCGUUUACCAGGAUAUUGUCCGUAUUGAUCUUGCCAACAAGAACAAGGAGUUUGGAAAGAUUGAAAACAUCAAGGGUGCCUUUGAACGUGCCAAAUCUGGCAACGGUCGUCUUCACUUGUUGGGUUUGGUGUCCGAUGGCGGUGUCCACGCUCACAUUGACCAUUUGAUUUCUCUCAUCCGCGCUGCCAAGGAAGCGGGCGUUCCCGAAACUUACAUUCAUUUCUUCGGCGAUGGUCGUGACACCUCUCCCAAGUCGGCCACCAAGUACUUGAAGCAACUCCAGGAUGCUAUCAAGGAAAUCGGUUACGGCAAGAUUGCCACCAUUGUCGGUCGUUACUAUGCUAUGGACCGUGACAAGCGUUGGGAGCGUAUCAAGAUCGCUUUCGAUGCCUUGACUCAAGCAGACAAGGGUGAAAAGAGCGACGAUGCAGUCAAGACUGUGGAAUCGCGUUACGACGCUGGUGAAACCGAUGAAUUCUUAAAGCCUAUUGUGCUCAAUGAGGAAGGUCGUAUCAAGGACGGCGAUACUAUGUUCUUCUUCAACUUCCGUUCCGACCGAAUGCGUGAAAUCACUCAGGCUUUCGGUAUCUCUCCCUGUCCCUUUGAUGCCACUGUUCCCAAGGAUACUGAAAUUUUCACCAUGACCCAGUAUAAGGGAGACUUCCCCUUCAAGGUGGCUUUCCCUGCUCAGACCAUGGAUAACGUGUUGGCUGAAUGGCUCGCCAAGAACGGCAUUCCUCAGAUGCACGUUGCCGAAACCGAAAAAUAUGCUCACGUUACUUUCUUCUUCAACGGUGGUACCGAAGCCCAGUUCGACAAGGAAGAUCGUGCUCUUGUUCCCUCGCCCAAGGUCGCCACUUACGAUCUUAAGCCUGAAAUGAGCGCCAAGGAAGUCGGCGAAAAGGUGGUCGAGAACAUCGAAUCCGGAAAGUAUCCCUUCGUCAUGUGUAACUUUGCUCCUCCGGAUAUGGUGGGUCACACUGGUGUGUACGAAGCUGCUAUUAAGGGUGUUGAGGCUACCGAUGCCGCUAUUGGUGCCGUUUACGAAGCUUGCAAGAAGAACGGUUACAUUCUCUUUGUCACUGCCGAUCACGGUAACGCCGAAAAGAUGUUGUCGGAUGACUACAAGAGCCCCCACACCGCUCACACAUGCUCCCCGGUUCCUUUCGUCAUGACCUCCAACAAGUACAAGUACAUCAAGGACGCCAAGGGUUGUCUUGCUGAUGUUGCACCCACCAUCUUGCGUGUCAUGGGCAUCGAUAUUCCUCAGGAAAUGACCGGUCACAGUCUCUUGGAAGAGAAGAACUAAAGCAAAUGCUUCACACAAUAGGCGUUCUUUAAUUUGGGCAUUUAGUUUAUUUGGUUUUUUUUAUUUGCUUGUAUGUAGUACGUAGACAGAAAAAUAAAGCGUUGUAGAAUUUUCAAGGGGAAUGAAUGAAUAUAAUUCAUAGUUAUGUG